AUGGCUGUGAAGCUCAUUAACCUCUUUCUUUUCGUUUACAUUGUUCUUCUUAUUUCAGAAGGGAAUGCUACUAAUGCGCACCUGACGAUGGGUACAAAGGUAGCUACCGAGGGAGGACGGGAUGGGAAAACUACUGGUAGGCCGGAAUGGCAGUACCCAGCAGGAGAAUGUGCAAAACUACCACCUUGCAACAAAUAUUGCCUUUCCAAAGGGUUUCUUCUUGGUGGAGUUUGUAAGAAAUUGUCCCCUCAAGCAUCUUCUCUUUAUUGUGUUUGUAAAUUCACCUAA